AUGACAAAGUUGGAAAUCGAAGAGAAACCUAAGAUAUUCGAAGAAGAGAACAUCAAACCUAAGCGUCGUCGUCGGGAGAUUAGCUCCGAUCUUGUCUUAGAGAAACAGUACAAAAGAACUCUACUUUGCGUAGCGAAACCGUCUUACCUUUUGUCUAUUGGUUCAACAUCACACCGAAUCGAGUAUAUCAACGAGUUACCAAAGAUCCUUCGUGAGUUACUUCGACAGAGAAAUUGGAAUGAUGCAAGUCGUGUACUUAGUGUUCUUAUGCAAGGAACUAUGAGAGAUUGUUCUCCAAUGAUGAACAGGCUUAAAUACGAGGCUCAAAUACAGAUCGUGAGCCACUUGCAACCUAACAGAAACAAAGCUGAUGAGAUUGGGAAGAUAUAUGAUACUUGGAUUGGGAAGAUUGGUAAACAACAUAAAGAGGAGAGGCUCUUGGUUUGGUUCGAACAGAUUUGUCAUUUUAUCGAGCAUGGGAUGAAUGGUGAUGCUUAUAGUGCUGUUAUAAGCAUGAUGCAGAAUCGUGAUUUUGGAAUGCUUCCACGGUCCAAUCUAUAUAUAGGAAUCACGUUCUACAAGUUGUGGUGUUCUAAAUUCUCGAAGGAGUUACAGCCUGAAGAUGAGGACUGCGGAGAAAGCAUAUCCAAUAUGCCGGAAUCGAGAUCUGAUAAUCUGGUUGAGUAUUCAGUCAGGGACGAGUCGGUGUACUCUGUGGAGUCGGAGGGUUCUGUUAGAAACGAGUCAGAGUCUUCUGUCAUGAAUUGUAAAAGAGUUUCUCAUAUGUCCAUCAGUGACUCGGGGUCGGGGAUGGUUAUGAAGAAGGUAAAGCUGGAGAGUUCUCAGCAUUAUAACAAUCCACCACGACUCUAUGCCAGCUCUGAAGAAAACGAAGUGUCUUUGGAAAAUGGAGUUGCUCGUACAUUUGAUCCCGCUCUUGUUAAAAUUCUUGGCGACAUGGAUCCAUGGUUGCUUCCUUUGAAACCACCAGAAGAUCCUGAUUGCUAUGUAAAGAUGGUCAAUGAUUCUUAUUAUAAAGAAGCAGUGAGAUAUAUGCGGCUUACUCUCCAGUCUCCUAGUUAUGUAUCUUUAGCUUCAUUACAUCCACUUAUACAGCUUCUGUUAAUUGGAGGAAAUGUAGAUGAAGCAAUGAAAGUGGUCGAGGAGAUGUGCGACAAAGUACAUGACAUAAAACCUUUCAGGAUUAAGGCCCUUAUGAUGGAGAGGUUUCAUCCUAACAGCGACAUGCUCGCAAAAUCCUAUGAAGAUAUCUUAAUGAUUGAUCCUACUUGUGUAACUACCCUAAAGAAGCUUAUUGAAAUGUCAAAAGAAGAUGGGUAUAGCAGAGAGUCGCUAAUCGAAAUGAUAGCAUUGCAUGUAGAAGCUUCUUUUCCCGACCCCGAAAUCUGGGAAGAGUUUGCCUCUUGCUUCAUUUACUUCUUUGAGAAUCUUGAUGAAGACCGAAUGUCGGUAUGCCUCAACGGAGAUGGAGAAGAAGAGAAUCAACAACAAACAUAUUCUGUUCGAUACAACCCGACACCUAAAAUGUUCACCAAUUCAUCAUGGACCCUUCGAGCUAAAUGGUGGCUAAACCGUCAUUUCUCCCCGGAAAUGCUCGAGACAGAAAUAAAAAAGACCGAAAACGGAGAUUUCGAGACGAUGAAGAUGAUGAGUUACAAAGCAGCAUGUGCGAGUCAUAUUUAUGGACGAGAGUUUGGUUACGUUACAAAAGUGUAUGAUCAGUUGGAGAAUAAUAGUGACUACAGAGAUUUAUUCAACUUCUUGCAAGAACACAGACAAAAUUGGAACAUGAUUUACAAUUUAGAUUACUUUACAAAGAUACUAGAAUAUUACUAA